AUGGUGCCCCAGAAGGGCCACGCCCAACAGACCGCCCUCGCACCCUCCGCACCCGCCGCCCCCGGUGUCCACGACACCCUGCGCUCAAACCAAUCCCUCAACACACCCCACAACGCCUCACCAGCCUUCAGCGCCGUCGCCUCUUCACACCCUCUGGAAGCCCGCCUCAGCAACUGGCGCUCCACCCAAGAUUCUCUCAAGAUGACCAUGCUGCGUCGCGAAUUUGGCGUCGGCGAGCCCGUCCGUCGCGGUAUGGAGGUUAAGAUUUGUCAGGAGGGGGAGUGGAGGCCUGCUGUGCUCGGAUACAAGGGUGAGGGUGUUCACGAGCAGAUCUUGAGCGGAAGAGAUGCUAGUGUCGAUUGGGAGGAUGUGUUUAAUGGCAACGAGACACAGAAUGCGCCCGACUUCCACUCGGAGAUGGAGAACAAGCUUAAGAUGAACUGGUAG